GCUGGAUAAGUCAUCUGGUCACUCUUGAUGCUAUUUUUUGCGCAUUUUUUGUUUACAACAACUACAUUCACGGUGAAACAUUUAUAAAUUAUAUGGAUAUAUCGGUUGCAUCGCUGAAUACCUCCAUUCUGGAGGAGGACGAAAUAUGCUCGGGGUAUACUCACUAUGACAUCAAAUCAUUUCUCGACAAAUCGUCCAUAGGUCGGUGGUUUCCUUUCGUCCAGGAAACCAAAGACGCCAAGAGGCUCCUGGAUCAGUUCGUGGCCUGUUUAACAUCCAGCAUUUCGGCGAGUACGAAGGAGCUCCUGGAUCUGUUCACGCUGUCCCUUAUGAUGAUGACCUAUCAAAAGGACAUCUCGCAGCUGAUGAAGGAGCGCUUAAAUCUAGUCGAAAUAGUCAGCAAUCUUCCGGUCACUCUGGAUACAGAAGGCGUCCAAUACAUUGUCAACGGUUUGUAUAAAAAUUUGGUGGGUGAAUCGCUAGGAAAGGAGCGUUUGGAACGGGUGCUAGACAUACACGCCGCCAUUCCCGCUAUGAUGAAGUCUUCGAAACUCGGCAACGACAUUUCUGUCGCCCUUCUUCUUACCAUUAUGGGAGAACAUGCAAAAGUACGAGUCGAUCUGGGAAGCAACAAUGUAGAGAAGGCCUUCGAAAUGGCCAAACAGGUCAAUUGGCAACAGCUGGCAGACAGUGACCGGCGUGCGGAUAUGUUUAUGCUAAUACGCACUUUCAGUCUAAUUAUCAACUGUCGCAGUGUUCGCGACGAGUGCACAAAUUGGACGAAUCUCAGUACGGAGAUUCACAAAUACUUUCUGAAAGUGAGCAAGGCAUUUGGCACUUCCAUGGUCUACGGAGCCUUUGAAAUGAUGAUAGAGCGAUUCAUUGCAUAUUGCGUGGUUCGUGGGGCCACUUCAACCCCCCAACUCUGCAACUACAAGAUCUGUGACGAUGCAACCGACGCAUAGCCAUUCGCAUAAAUUUGUUUUGUUAAGUUUAAAGUUUUGUUUGAGUUAGUUAUUUUAGUUACCUAAAGUAUUAAGGUUUUAUGUGCAUUUGCACGUAUUAAGCAUACAGCUGAGAUGAAAUAAACACACCAAAUUACCUAGUU